AUGUGCCGUCAGGUCGCAGCUGAAAACGCCGUGAAGAAUGCGCGAGCGAGCGCUGCUUCCCGUUUUCAAUCUUCUCCUCGCUGGGGGAAGCAACCUGGUUCAUCCUCAGCAGCGUGUGAAGUGAUGGGGAUCAAGAUCGAGAAGGACGCCGACGGGAGCGUCAGGAUCGUCGGGCGGGACAAGGUUGACGAGGAGGAGGAAGAUUUGAGGGUGGAUGAUCGAAUAAUUUCCAUCAACGACGAGCAGGUCCGUCAAAUGUCGAUCCAGCAGGUGCAGGAGCUGCUGGGAGGACAGCAGGGAAGCAGCGCAAAGCUGCUGGUGGAGCGACAAGGCUGCCAUCCCUUCACCAUGGUAGGGAUCAGAGGCAGGAAGCUUGGAGGAGGAGGAGGAGGAGGAGAGGAGGGCGCAGGCUGCGGGGUAGGGAUCACAUUCAAGCUGAGGAGGGACGGGCACUACCAUGUCAAGUCGCUUGCGGACGGAGGGCCCGCGCAGCUCUCGGGGCUUGUCAGCAUCGGGGACAUCGUCGUCUCCGUCUCGGGGGUGUCCAUCCACCACUUGAGCCACGCCCAGCUCGCUCAGCUGGUGCUUGGGCCCAAGGGCACCAGCGUUGAGUUCGUCCUGCUGAGGCGGACCCCCGAGGGAGAGCUUUCCACCCGCCCAGCUGUGCUGACCCGAGCGGAGCUGCCUUCCUUCUCAGCUCUUUCCGGUCAGUCGACGGAAGACGGAGGAAUCACGGAGCAGCCGUCGUCAGGUAGCUCAGAUGGCUCGGAGGGCGGCAGAGUGACUGUGUAG